CCGAACAGCUUUGGCUUCCCAUCUUCUCCCCGUCGCCGGAGCGCCAAGAAACCAAGAACCCACUCUCCAUCUCCACUGCGCAGACCGAUGGAGCAGUUCCAUGACGGCCACCACGUGCGGCUGCGCAGCAGCCAGCUCGGCACGUACCUGCACGCCGACGACAACGGGAUUGGCGUCUCACUCCACCACGGCCGGGCGUCGAUGAACGCCGCGUGGGCGGUGCACUUGCACCAUGACGAGACGUGGGAGGAUGACUAUCUUCUCCUCUACCGCGCCGCCUACGGGCGCUACCUCGCCGCCACGGACGCGCCGGCGCCGGGCGGCGGCCGCCGCGUCGUGCAGCGCAAGUACGACCAUCCGGAGUUCGAGGCAAUGUUUUGGUAUGCCGCCCUGUCAGAAUCCGGGGACGAAGUCUGCCUCCACCACUUCCACGGCGGCAGCCUCCGCGCCAACACGAGGUACCCGUACCCCCGCUGGAACAUCGGCGUCAGCGUCCACGACACCGGAAACGUCACCACGACGAUGCACUGGGUCGUGGAGCACAUCCCCGCCAGGGAGGGCAUGCCUCCCCUUCCAGUUCCCUUCGCCGCCGCCAUGUGGGAGUGGCGGCUGAUCCACUACGUGUGGCCGAACGUCGUCGACCGCGGCUCAUUCUGGUUUAGGGGGAGGUCCGUGUACCACCUGAGGGACGAGCUGGCCAGGCGGCUGGCCAUCGACGCCUCCGACCUCGUCAUGUGCUUCCACACAUAUGCUGCCUGGCUUACCCCACUCCUCGUCGACCUGCCGAGAAACCACCAGCCCGUCGUCAUCGAAGUCGUCAUCGCGGGGACGCCUGUCCAUGCGACGCUGCGGUACCCGGAUGUCGACGCAGAGUAGAGAGAUACCGGAGCCAGGGCUCCUAGGAGGACUGUUCGCCUCUUCGGAAGUGUUAGCCGCCUGCUGUUGAGAUACGGGUUCAGGAGAACCUGCAGUUCUUGUUUUCUGUUAGCUAAACUUGAUUUGUUCUCCCUGACAGUAGGAAACCUAUUUGCGUUGGCAUAAUCCGAAACUGUUUGAACAACGGUGCGGUGACAUUAGUCUGUAAUGCGCUUGACAAUGGCAAUUAAUUCAACGUUGUUAGCUGCAUUUCUCUUAGGUGUUGACACAGAUGUGGUGGUUCUUCCAGUGAG